AUGUCAAACAUGAGUGUUUCAAACGAGAAUGUCGGCAUUGCAAAAAGACUUGUUGAAAGCGACCAUCUAUGCUUCAUGCAAAAAAUCAAGCGUAAGAAAGAGCGUGAUGACGAUGACAUCAACGAGAGGAUAAGCAACGACCACGAACGUAGAGAAGUGGUCACCUCUAACGACCCGGUCAUGAUUGAAGAACAUCAUCGAAAUGGACGGCUUCAUCGUAUACAGCUAGACAACGGAGAAGAAGUGUCCGCCAUCAUCAUAGAGACAGAGGCAGAUUUCAAGACACAUUUUGGAUCGCGUCCCAACAAGACACGACAACGAAAAGACAAAGGAACAGGUAGAGAAGAUGUGGAAGAAAGGGACGAGGAGAAGACGGAUGAUGAAGACGAAUACGAAGACGAACCAAACGUACCUCGCCUGAAAAUCAAAUUUAUCGAUAGCUUCAACUUCAUUCAGAUGGCGCUCUCCAAGUUUCCCAAGACCUUUGGGUUUGAAGACAUCUCCAAGGGCCAUUUCCCACAUCUGUUCUCUUCCAUCGAGAAUCUCGGCUACAAAGGUCCCAUGCCAGAUAUCAAAUAUUACGAUGUAGAUUCCAUGUCGCCCGACAAGCGGGCGCAGUGCAUGGCCUUUCAUGCCGAGAAGGUGAAAGAGGGAUACGUGUUUGACUUUGUGUCGGACAUGACAAAAUACUGUAUAACAGAUGUGCUGGUCCUGGAGAGAGGCUUACUCAGGUUCCGGGACACCUUUGGGAGCGCCACGUGCGGGAUUAACCCCAUAGACAAACCCCUCACCAUUGCGUCAGCCUGUAAUCUGGUCUUUCGCACAAAUUUCUUGAAGGCAAACACCAUUGGCAUCGUACCGACGGGGGGAUAUCGGCACUACGAGCUUCAGAGUAAAGAAGCCCUCGAUUGGCUUAAUUUCGUGGCGUUUCGUGACAGUCUGCACAUUCAACAUGUAAACAGCGGCGGGGAGAAGAGAGUCUGUGGCAGAAAGGUGGACGGCUUCUGCGCAGAGAGAAACACUGUGUAUGAAUAUCACGGGUGUUUUUAUCACGGGUGCCAGAAGUGCUUCAAACCGCACACGAAGAAUCCCGUGAAUGACACAAUGAUGAUUGAUCUCUACACCGACACCAUGCGAAAGAGAAAGAUGAUCGAGGAAGCCGGGUUCACCUACGUCGAGAUGUGGUCGCACGAUUUUCAUGACAUCAAGCAGAACGACCCCCUCUACGCAGAAUACAGGAACCGUUCUCCAUCCACCGGUGAGACACCCGCAGAGAGGGAUGGUAUUGGAUUUCUAGACCCAAGGGAUGCUUUCUACGGUGGCAGAACAAACGCCAGCCAACUCUAUGCUAAAGCCGACGUCGAAAAUGGUGAAACCAUCCUAUAUAUAGAUUUCACUAGCUUAUAUCCGUACGUCAACAAGUACGGGCGGUACGGCAUUGGUCAUCCCGAAAUCAUCGUUGAUAACUUUGAAGAUCUGAGUAACUAUUUCGGGGUCGUUAAGUGCAAGGUAUUGCCGCCGCGAAGGCUGUACCAUCCCGUCCUGCCGGACCGAGUUGGAGACAAGUUGCUGUUUCACCUGUGCCAUGCAUGUGCCGCCAUUCGCCAGCAGACUCCCUGCCAGCAUUCUGAUGACGAACGUGCUUUCGUGGGUACCUGGGCUACCAUCGAGUUGAACAUGGCCGUAGAACAAGGGUACAACAUCCUACAAAUGUACGAAGUGCACCAUUUCCAAAACACGUCUACAACACUGUUUCGCGGCUACAUCGACACAUUCCUCAAGCUCAAGCAAGAGUCGAGCGGAUGGCCACUCUGGGUAGUCAACGCAGCCGAUCGUUCUUCUGCCGAAGAACAGUACCUGCGAGAGUACGAGCAGAACGAAGGUAUCAAGUUGGACAGGGCCAACAUCGCCGUCAAUCCGG